UAUUGAAGUCAGCACAUUGUCACAACAGUUUGUACUAUCUGGAGUGAGCCAGAGUGCAGUAAUAUAGAGAUGGCCAACAUGUCGGUAGUGAUUUUACUAAUUGUAUUUGUGGUUUCUACGUUAGCGUCUCCUCUGUUAUUUAAUCGUCUUGAUAAACAUCAAUAUACAGAUUGUCAAAAGAUUAAUGAUGCAGGAUAUAAGAAGACAGGCCAAUAUUUAUUAUGGUACGCAAAAACCAACGAUACCAACCUUCAUCCAUUUACAGUCGAGUGUCAAAUGAAAGGUGAUGCUGCUUACACGGUCAUACAGAGGCGAAUGUAUGGAAAUGAAAACUUUUACCGUACUUUCAGUGAUUAUGUAAAUGGUUUUGGUCACCCACAAGGAGAUUACUGGGCUGGGCUCAAUCUCAUAUAUCAUCUGACAUCAACUGGUAAUAAUGUUCUAACUGUACAGAUGCAGGACUGGAGUGGAAAUAAUAAAAAUGCUAGAUACUCAUAUUUUAGAUUGAUUGAUAAUAUCCAUUUUGUCUUAAAUGUUGGUGGAUUUUAUUCAACUGAUGUCGCCGAUGACUUGUCGUUCAAUAAUGGUUAUGCAUUUGCUACAUAUGACAAGCCUGAUGUCAAUCAUUGUGCCAUUAAUCAAAAAGGUGGAUGGUGGUACAAUUACUGUACCUAUGCCCUUCCUAAUGGCGUGUAUUAUCCUGGAGGCCCUUACACGCCAUCUAGUGGAUAUUACGAUGGUAUUUAUUGGAAAGAUUGGUUAGGAUAUGGUUAUUCUUUAAAAUUUAUCAGUUUGUCUUUAUCUAAUCAAUAAAAAUUGUCCAAAACAUUUCACAAAUUUAAUUUUAU